GGAUCUAAUUCCAAAUUCCCGUUGAUGAUUCGAAUUCGAUGGAAUUCACUCUCAUUCUUCUCCGCCAUUGAUGUGGCUUCUUCGAAUCUCUUGCUCUUUGCUUAUCAGAGUGUCUUUCUUGGAUCUCCUCCGUCCCUGGAUUGGUGGCGGCAGAAUUCAGAGGCUGAAAUUUUCACGAAUCAUUUGUUGAAAUAGCUACAACUAGUGCGGCAAUGAAUUAGAACAAUUUGCCGAACCACGUUGCAGUUAUUGUUGAAUCUGCAGGUUUGGAUUUCUCCACCGGAAAUUCCUUUGAAUUGGAUUCCGUUGUUUCCUAAAUUGUUGUAGUCAUUGAGAGCGAAAUUAUGAUGGAUUCCGAAUCCGCCGACUCGUCUUCAUCAGCGCAACCUCCUCCUGCAAAACCUACUUCCACAGCAGAGCCUAUUGCGAUAGCUUCGAAUGUCGAUUCUUCUGAUACGUCUUCUAACGCGGAGCCCUCGGUUCCAACUGGAACUACGGCCGAUCAUCCAGCUGAAGAAUCACGAACUACAACUGCGGAAUGUAAGGAUGCGAAUACAAGUCUGCCUACGCCGACGCCGCCACCGCCACCGGACUCCGUGGCUACAAGUUCUGGUGGUUCCACCCUUUCUCGUAUUACUAGUGGCAUCGGAUUGCGUCUCUCUGCAAUGGCUUCUGGAUCAGAAGAGGCUUCUCAAGGCAGUGCAACAACAGCUGGGCAGGGUGGUGUUCUUGAAUCACUGACGAAGGGCUUGGUCGACUCAUCUCGGAGUGCCGUCAAGGCUAUCCAGGUCAAAGCUCGCCAUGCUGUUUCUCAAAAUAAACGCAGAUAUCAGGAAGGAGGAUUUGAUUUGGAUAUGGCUUACAUCACUGAGAACAUCAUUGCUAUGGGGUUUCCGGCUGGUGAUUUGAGCUCUGGGCUUUUCGGGUUCUUUGAGGGAUUCUAUCGGAAUCACAUGGAAGAAGUGAUCAGAUUUUUUGAGAGUCGCCACAAGGUAGUGUCUGUUCUGAACUCAAUUGGUGUACUGUUGUUCAUUUGUGUAACUGGUUACAGGCCUGGUCUUGAUGAUGGAACUAUUUUAAACCACUCAAUGUAUCGAAUUGAGGGAAAAUAUAAAGUGUACAAUCUAUGUGCAGAGAGACUGUAUGACGCAUCACGGUUCGAGGGGAAGGUGGCAUGUUUUCCAUUUGAUGACCAUAAUUGCCCUCCGCUUCAACUCAUACCAUUAUUCUGUCAAAGUGCAUACUCCUGGUUGAAGGCGGACAUUCAAAAUGUAGUAGUAGUCCAUUGUAAAGCUGGAAUGGGCAGGACAGGUCUGAUGAUCUGUUGCCUUCUUCUAUUUCUUAAGUUCUUUCCGACUGCUGAGGAGGCCAUUGAUUUCUUCAACCAGAAAAGAUGCAUAGACGGGAAGGCUUUAGUUCUCCCAAGUCAGAUUAGAUAUGUGAAAUACUUUGAGCGCAUCCUGACUUACUUCAAUGGCAAAAUUCAGCCUGGACGGAGGUGCAUGCUUCGGGGUUUUCGGCUUCACAAUUGCCCUUACUGGAUACGGCCUUCUAUCACCAUCUCCAAUCAUAGUGGUCGAUUGUCUUUUAAGUUUUCGUCUUUCAAAUCAUCAUUUUGUGCUCAUGUUAUUUUAUGGGUUUUAGUUUGAGUUCUAUUCUCAACAAGAAAUCAUCCAAAAACCAAGGAUUUGAUGCCUGAGGACUUUUGGAUCAGUGGCCGGAGGAAAGGAAUUGUUGUUUUUGCUCUGCCAGGGGAACCUGGUCUAACCGAGUUGGUUGGAGACUUCAAAAUCCACUUCCAUGACCGCCAGGGGGACUUCUACUGCUGGUUCAAUACUACGAUGACGGAGAACAGGAAAACGUUAACAGGGGACGAAAUUGAUGGCUUCGACAAGAGAAAACUGCCUUCUCCAGGAUUCGAGGUUGAGAUUGUGAUGAUAGAUUACGAUGGUACAUCACCACCGGUAACUACAAAGACCAAUUCAGCAAGCAACAGUUAUAGCGCGUCAAGUUGUGCUGCAACAGCGAAUACAGGAGGAGCUUAUGUUGCUCCGAAGUCUUCUAAUCAAAAGGAAGCGUCGGCGAGCAAUGAGGAAGACGAUGUAUUCUCCGACAGCGAUGAAGAGGACACCAAAGCAGCCUCAAAGAGCAAGCAAGGUCAAGGUCGGAGUGAAGGUCAAGCUGCUCCGCCUACUAGUGAACCGGCUAUGUCCACCACAGAACAAAUGAACAGCUUGACUCGUGGAACGAAGCAGGUGAGUCUCGGUCUUGCUAGUAAGGAAACUUCACAGCCAAGUGCGAGCAGCGAGCCAGCUGCCAUUCAGAAACCUUCAGCGAGCGUGGGAACACCAAAGUUGGAGUCCGGGGCCAGCGAUAUCAAGGCGAUGGCUGCUGAUGCUUCGGUGUUCAGUUUUGGGGACGAAGAUGAUUUCGAAAGCGAUUAAAAGAUGACAGGUAGGCUCGUUCAGUUUUGACCAACAAGCUAUACCAUCUUUCGAAUGGCCCCCUUUGGAUCAGCGAAUGACGCAAUGCGAAAUCGAUAUGGCCUGGAGCUUGCAAGGUUAGAUUAGAUGUCAAUUGUAUUAGUUGUAUCAAUUUCGUAGUGUUAUGGGGUUAUUUGGAUGCCAAAGUUGAAAAGUGGUUGAUUUUAACGCACCUAUAAAUUUCAGAAUAUCGGUGUUAGGUCACAUUGAUCUUAACAAAGCUCACUAAUAUUUCUGUAUGAGGGCAAAAUAAACAUUAGGAGAGCCCAGUUUCAAGAGUACAUAUACAAG